UUAUGUGACAGUCCGCUUGUGUUUGAAUCCUAGCUCAACCACUUACUAGCUGUGUCUUUUUGGACAAUGUACUUAACCAUUCUGUACUCCAGUUUCCCUAUCAGUACAAUGAGGAGGAAAAUAAUAAUUACAGCUCUUUCUCUGCCAUCAUGGUCUAUGCAAUUGAUUCUUUUUCACCAUGCCUUCUUACAAGACUUUCAAGAUCACAAGUUUCCUGGCCAAGAAACAAAAGCAGAAUCAGCCCAUUCUCCAAUGGAUUCCGAUGAAAACUGGCAAUAGAACCAGGUAUAACUCCAAGAAGAGACAUUGGAGAAGAACCAACCUGGGUCUGUAAGGAAUCACACAUGACAUUGGAGAAGAACCUGACUGGU